GGCGGGGUGCAGACCUGGCGGGGGCCCCGCUGGCUGUCCCGGGUCUGUGCCUUUCCCUGCCGGCCGGCGGCCCGGCUCCCUCCCGCCGCCUGCUGCCUCGGAGUCCGGGCUCCUGGCGCCGGGUGCCGGCUCUGCCCUGCCCUGUCCUCCACCCUCCCGCGGCCGUCCUCGCCCGCCUCGCUUCCCCCUGCGGGGUCCUCCGGCUCAGCGAGGCCACUCGUCCCAUCCAUUUGCUGUAACUUCUCCCUGAAAGCCCGGACGCCCUUGAAUAGAAGGAAUGUGUCGAACUCAGGCCGUGCGGCCAGCGGGCUUGGUCUGUCUGUCCUGCCUUUUAGUUUGUGCACUUUGUGUGGAGCCUGCGUUUGGCCCAGGCCUCCCUGCUUCUCAGCCAACCUUCCCUCGUUUCUUACCUUUUUUCGGAGGCCAAAUGGACCUUCUUUCCCCCCGCGUGGCCUGCAGCGUGCAGCAUCUCCUGCUCAGCGCGGGCUUAUUGGGCUCGAAUUAGACGCUUGGGUCGAGACACUGGUCCUGCCUGGCUCGAGAUGGCGGCCACUGGAACUGAGACGAAGGACCUGGACAGUCAUCACAAGAACCGCCUCGUCCAGCUUUCAAAUCCUCACGUGGCGAACAUGAAGGAGGACGUUCUCUACCAUUUCAGCCUCAGCACUAGCACGCACGACUUCCCCGCCAUGUUUGGGGACGUGAAGUUCGUGUGUGUGGGGGGAAGCCCCUCCCGGAUGCUCACCUUCAUCAAAUACGUGGCCAAGGAGCUGGGCCUCAGCCACCCAGGGGACGAGUACCCCAACAUAUGCUCAGGGACUGACCGCUACGCCAUGUACAAAGUGGGCCCGGUGCUGUCCGUGAGUCACGGCAUGGGGAUCCCUUCCAUUGCCAUCAUGCUGCAUGAGCUCAUCAAGCUGCUGUUCCACGCCGGCUGCAGCAACGUCACCGUCAUCCGCAUUGGCACGUCUGGCGGGAUAGGUCUGGAGCCUGGCUCCGUGGUCAUCACGCGGCAGGCCAUGGACGCCUGCUUCAACCCGGAGUUCGAGCACAUUGUGCUGGGCAAGCGUGUGGUGCGCAGCACCGACCUGGACGAGGGGCUGGCGCAGGAGCUGCUGCACUGCUCCACUGACCUCAGCGAGUUCACCACGGUGGUGGGCAACACCAUGUGCACCCUGGACUUCUACGAAGGCCAAGGCCGUCUGGACGGCGCCCUCUGCACCUACACAGAGAAGGACAAGCAGGCCUACCUGCAGGCGGCCCAUGCUGCGGGCAUCCGCAACAUCGAGAUGGAGUCGUCCGUCUUUGCCGCCAUGUGCAGCGCCUGUGGCCUCCGAGCGGCCGUGGUGUGUGUCACACUCCUGGACCGCCUUCUUGGGGACCAGAUCAGCAGCCCCCACGAGGUGCUGGCCGAGUACCAGCAGCGGCCGCAGCGCCUGGUGGGCCACUUCAUCAAGAAGAGCCUGGCGCCUGCCUGAGACCCUCAUCUCCCGCCAGGGGGCCUGCCGUCCAGCCCCCCCGUGUCACCUGGAGCACAGUUCACUUGACUUGGGGAGCAGAGGAGAGGAGCCAUCGGAUCACAAGGGACAGCAUCUUUGCAAAGCUUCACUAGAGCACGUCAAUGACUUGACCUUGGUUUGGAGUUUUUCUUUCCAGAACAUUCUGUUGAAUAUUUGAACUCUUGUCAGGGAAAAAUUUAAGAUUUUUCAUUCUAUGCCAUUCGUGUGAACAAACAAGGAAUUUGAUAACUGGCAGCAAACUUA